AUGUCUAGAGCACCUGCAAUGUCACACGGUGUUGAAGAGUACAACAGAAUUCUGGGUGAGGGUCAAGCAGCACAGGACUACUUGUCGAAGGCCCGGCAGAAGAUUUCCCACGGCCAGCACCAUGGUGCCAUCGUGGACCAGUCGUCGAGGCAAGGGAAAUCCGUACCUAGGGAUUCAACCUUGGGCCACCAUACUGUAGAGGACUACAACAAGAUCCUAGGAGAAGGCCAGGACGAUUAUGAGCAUGACGACCACCGUUUCGAUACCGAGAGGAGAAGGAGUAGCGUGACCUCCCCUAGGGAAAACCCUGAUGCGUAUUUGCCAAAGGACAAGUACGGGAACACCAUCUACCCCAAGGUCGACAACCAACAGACAGACAUCCCUGGCGGUAUGGAAUUCAGCGAUGCUCAACAUCAACAACCACGCCAGUAUGAACAAUCACACCAGCACGAACAGCCACACCUGCGGUCCCAGCAGCAAACAGAACUGGACCAGACUACUAGUAGAGUGCGCGAUUUGAACACAGACUCCAACUAUGCACACACAUCCGCGGCAGAAACCAAUAUGCGUUCUAACCCAGUGUCGAGCACUGCCCAACAACCCGAACCAGCUUUGGUACAACCUUCGCACAUUGGGGCAGGCGCCGUCACUGGAGGAGUGGUCGGCGGUGCAGCCGGAGCGAUGGCUGGGGGCACUACAAUGGCCGGUGCCAACGCCGAAGAAAUGUCGUAUCCCAAUGCCGGUGGGAGAACCGGUGGUGAGUACGGUAACGUCCAGCCGGUGGGCUACGGCAAUGCCGCCCCAAAACCGGAGCACUUGAAGGACAGACGGGAGGAACACUACGGUAACCGUGGUUUCAACCCUGAAACCAUGCUGGAUGCCAGAAAGAUGAACAUGACCACCUGUCCCGAAGGGGCUAUUCAGACCGCCAUCCCAGGGUUUGAAGGGCAUGGCACCCCAGUCCCUGGUGCAGGUAAGAUGCGUGCCCCCCAUGAACACUACGAGCCCUUCCAUUUGAUCAAAGACCCAAAUGCCCGGAAAAUGACAGCGCAGCACCAGCAGGGUAUGGGAUCCGAGAUGCAGCAACCUGCCUCGCAGUACGCAUCUCAGGGCAAACACGCGAUGCCACCACCAGCCACUAACGUGGGGAGUGGACAAAUGGGCAACCGUGACAUGCAGCAGCGCCAACAGCGCUCUGGCCAGAUGGCCGCUCGCGAAGAGGACCCAUUACUGGGCACGCAACAGCAAUCUGGAUACCAGAACGCCGCUGCAGUAACAUCCCAGGGUCAGGGAGAUCCAAGAGAGUACGUCACGAAGACGCACAUUGAAACGGACACUCAAAAACCCGGGAAGACGAUGCACGUCGAGGGCGAGGAGAUGGUGUACCAUUACAACGCAGAGACCGGGGCACAGACCAUCCCCAGACACCAUGCUCAAGAUGUGGAUGCUCAAGGUAAGCCAAGAAAGGAGAGUAUCGUUUCCAAGUUGAAGAAGACUAUCAGCAGAUGA